UCUCGAUUUCAGCCUGUGGCGUGUGCCGCUGCCCUGCAGCCCUGUACAAGUUGCCAGUGGUUGAUACGAUGUAUAUGGACCUGUCCUCGCUCGUUCGCGGCUUCGCACAUUUGGGCCUUUCGCCCUUGGCAUCGGAGCUUGGUAGUUCCGGUUUUUCGCCUCCAGCCCGCAGCGUUGCGCAGCUGGGAACUUCUUCGUCCGCCUUCGGUGCUAUGUCCUUGGAGCUCUCGCCUUCGGUGGUGGAUGCGGCAUUCCUGGGCUCGAGCGUUUUUCUACGGAGUUCUGCAUGCUUUGACUCCUUGCUAUUGACCUUGAAUGUGGCAAAUAUGGGAAGCAUCUGGGCUUUGAAGCUGGCAGAGGACUGGCCUUUCAAAAUCCAGUCGGGUUUUCCAUCCUCGCGAUGCUCAUCGUGUCCAGCCUCCUCCAUCUUUGUCUCGGGUCUGAUGCGCCUGGGUGUUUCGAUUCUGGCACCCGAUCUCGGUCAUUCGGAUCUUCCGCCGUUUCUCCAUGGCUCCAGUCGCCUGGACCUGUCCCCGUCCGCCGUUGGCCCUGCCACACUGGGCGCCUCGCUGCCGAUGCGGCAGUUUCUGACCGGAAAGGUGACUUUCGACCUGGCCAUUUUGGUGUUGGACGUGGCAACCUUCGACUUCCCGACAUCUUUAAAAGGUGCACUGCGAAUGGAGUUGGUGCUUUCAGCCUUCGAUCACAGUUGCUCAGGGUUCUUCCUGUUUCCCCGUAGCAUGCUGCACCUGGGCAGCUUGACAUCUGUCCUAGGAAAGUGCCACCUGGAUCCAUCCUCGUUGCUACUGGAUAUGGUCACUUUUGGUAGCCCACUGUCGCUGCACAAUGCCAUAUGCCUGGAGUCGUUUUCUCCGGUUUCGGAGCUGGUGACCUUUGAUCCAUCGUUGUUCUCACGGAGCGUGGCACACUUGGACUUGUCGAUGUUUCCGUUGGGAUCAGUUUGGAUCGGCCUCCCCCCCUCCGCCCUCGGUGCUGCCCAUUUGGAUCUGUUGGUUUCGGUGCGGGGAUUCGCAUGUUUUGCCGCGAGCUUCAGCGUGUUGUCCUUCAGCCACUGUGAUUUGUCGUUGCUUCCACAAAACCUGGCGUGCACGGAUCUCUUGUUGGCAGUGCUGGGUGGUUUGCGCUUAGCUUCGUUGCUUUUGGCAUGGGAUGCAACAACUUUAGAUUUUUUGGUGUUUUUGAGAGCUAUGGCUUAUCUGGAGCUAAAGCUGUUGGUGCUUGAUCUCUCCAGCUUGAACUUCAUGUUGUCUAUCAAAACUUCCAGUUGUUUGGACUUGCUCCUGUUGUUGUGCCGCACCCUCCAACUUGACUUCUCCAUAUCGAUUUUGGGUUCCGCAGCACUGGACUUCUCAUUGCUUCCACAAAGCCUUGGCCAUUUAGGUGUUUUGCUGAUGGUUUUCAGCUCCAUUUUCCCCGGUUUCUCAUUGCCCUUGAGGACCUUGGCGCACCCAGAGCUGUCGUUCUUCGCGUUUUCGCUUUGUGAAGUGCCAGGAUGGAUGUGUUGCUGUUGGUCCUGGGCCAUGCUGCAUUGGAUGCCAUAG